AUGCCUAGAUAUGCGAAGUUCUUAAAGGAGAUCCUUAGCAAUAAGAGAAAUUUAGAGGACUUGGCGAUCGUGACCCUAAAUAAGGAGUAUUCGGCUAUACUUCAGAACAAAUUUCCAAAAAAGAAGCGUGAUCCAGGGAGUUUUACUAUCCCUUGUGUGAUUGGUGAUUUGACAAUUAGCAAUGCUUUAGCUGACUUAGGAGCUAGCACUAAUUUAAUGUCGUACAGUUUGUUUGCCAACUUGGUGUUGGGUGAGACUAAACCCACCAGGAUGAGCAUACAGUUAGCUUAUAGGACUGUUAAGUAUCCUAGGGGUAUUGUAGACGAUAUACUUGUUAAUGUUAACAAAUUUAUAUUUCCUGUUGACUUUGUGAUCAUGGACAUGGAUUGUGAGAGUAAUGUGCCUUUGGUUCUAGGUCGACCUUCCCUUGCAAUGUCUAGGGCUAUUAUAGAUGUUUGUGAUGGAAAGCUUAAACUUAUGGAGAUAUUGCUUGAUGAUCCUUUACCAGUUGCUUUGCAGCCAGAGGAUGAGCAUGAGCUAUCCAAUUAG